AUGGAAAUCACCCCGGAAUCUGUGGCACUAAAAGCUGCUGCACGGUCGUACGCAUGGUGGCCUCGAAUUGAUACAGACAUCGAAUUAUUAGUCAAGAACUAUAAAGCAUGUAUGGAAGUACAAUCCGCACCUGCAAAAACUCCUACGGAACAGUGGAAGUCAUCGAAGAAACCAUGGAGUCGCCUGCAUGUUGAUUUUGCAGGUCCAAUUGAAGAACAAACGUUCUUUAUUACGGUGGAUGCAGCAACAAAAUGGUUAGAGGUAAAAAGAGUUUCAUCUCCGAGCUCAGCUGUAGUAAUCCGAGAAUUACGACAACUCUUCGCUACAUUCGGAGUACCAGAUACUAUCGUGAGCGACAACGGCACAGUUUUUGCUUCUACGGAGAUAAGAGAUUUUUACUCAAAAAACGGCACUAAAUGGUUGCACACCGCAGCAUAUAACCCGCAGGCAAACGGACAGGCGGAGAGAAUGGUACAAACUACAAAAAGAUCGCUAAAAAGAUUAACCGACGGAGAUUGGGAAGUAAAAAUAACCCGAUUUCUUCUAAAACACCAUACUAUGCCAUCGUCCUCAUCAGGAAAAAGUCCGGCGGAAGAAAUGUUUAACCGCAGACUAAGAACGGCGUUGGACAAAAUGAGGCGAAGGAUGAAGAAAUAG